UACUAUCAUUCCUACUGAUUACAAAAGCACCAGCAUAAAUGGCAAAUUCAGAAAAUAUUACUGAAUCUUAUCUGGGGACGAUAAAGAUUGUGAAGUACAACAAACCUGCUAAGAAAAACGCAAUAGACGUUCAUAUGUAUGUUAAAGUUAAGGAAAUAUUCGAUUCCGCAGCACACGAUGAAAAUAUAUCAAUGAUAGUCUUAACAGGUGCGGGUGAUUAUUAUAGUAGUGGCAAUGACUUCACAGCAGCUCUUGAAACCCCAAAAUACAACAUCUCAAACAUACUGAAGGAAUAUAUUACAGCAUUUAUUAAAUUUCCAAAGAUACUUAUAGCCGUUGUAAAUGGACCUGCAAUUGGUAUUGCUGCCACAACAUUAGCACUUUGUGAUUUAGUGUUCGCCUCAGAGAAUUCAUAUUUCUAUACACCAUUCACAAAAUUGGGAAUUGUAGCUGAAGGAUGCUCCACAUUUACUUUUCCAAGACUAAUUGGUGAAAGGAAGGCUGCAGAAAUGUUACUUUAUAAUCAUAAGAUGUCUGCCAAAGAAGCAUUGGAUUGUGGAUUUAUCAAUUACAUUUAUAAAACUGAAGAGCUACAAAGCAAAGUUUGGGAUAAAAUAGUUGAAGUAUCAAAAACUCCCCAACAUUCACUAACUAUAACCAAGAAAUUACUGAGAAAUUCUUAUCAUAAUGAUCUUUUAUCAGCAAAUGCUAAAGAAAUAGAAGAACUAAAUAAGAUAUGGAACAAAGGAAAUGAAUAUAUUUUAGAAGUAUUUAACAAGAAAAGUAAACUGUGAACACAGAAAAUAAGGUAAACUGAAUAUAAGAUUACAAUUGUUAUUGUAUUUAGUUAAAAACAGGUUAUCAUGGUGCAGUGCAAUAUUAAAUACAGUACAUAUGUGGUAAAGGCAUGAGGUAUUAUGGUGGUAGAUUUUAUAAUCAACAUUUUCUAAAAUUAGAAAAAUUCAAAUCAAGGGUAAGCCUUUUAUUAAUUGUAGCUGCCAUGAACUACAUACAUAGUAAGAUGGUAGUACUUGUAUGCAAGUGCAAUAAUAGUAUGGACACCAAAUUGAUAUUUUGAGAUUUGUAAGGAAAUUAUUUAGCAUUAAAUUAAAUCAAACUACUUUAUUUUUAUCUAUGAAUAACAGGAUGAUAAAUAAUAAGCUUAUAAAGAAGGUACAUACUUGUGUGAAACUUGAUAUGAGUAGCCUGUGUCCUAUUUUAUAUCAUGAGAGCACAGUAGGAUUUUGUUUUGCUAAUGUUUUGCGUACCUUAUUCAAACUUAUUUUAAUUAUGUUUACAAUAUGAAAAAUAUAGCUUCCAUAGGUUCAUUACAUUAUUUGCUAAUUAGGCCAUUUCAGUACUAACUCAAUGUUAGUACAGGACAUUAAGGAUAGCUGUAGGUUCAGUACCUAUUUCAAUCUUAAAAUGAUGAAUUAAAUUAAAUUAUAUAUAUAAAUAAAAGAGGUUAUCUUUUUAGAUCGUUCAAUCCUUUUAGAACUUUAGUUUACCAUAAACAAAAGUUAAUGAUAAUUUUCACAAAAUUUUAAUCAGCAAUUGCCAUAAUUGGUAAAAUAUAUUGUUCUGAUCAUGUGUGUCUUUAAAUUCCUGCAAUGGUAAUCUUGUAUGGUAGCCCGGCUCUCGUAACCACCUGAUUAUCAGUUGGGCUGUGAACUUAUCUUAUUAUUAUAAACGAUUGUGAUAGUUAUAUUGUAAAUAAAGAAAUUUUUUUU